CUUCCGCUUCCGCUGCGGCUGCCGCCGGGUCCCCCAAUCACCUCCCUCGUUGCGUGGUGCUGGUUGCGGCCAUGGCGGCCCACGGUGACAGGCAGCAGGCGGCAGGCGGGCACGACAGCUACAGCUCGCCGCUGGCCUCCCGCUACGCCAGCCCGGACAUGAGUUUCGUGUUUAGCGAGCGGUACAAGUUCCGGACCUGGAGGCAGCUGUGGCUGUGGCUGGCGGAGGCCGAGCAGACACUGGGAUUACCUAUCACAGAUGAACAAAUCCAGGAGAUGAAAUCAAACCUGGACAACAUUGAUUUCAAGAUGGCAGCUGAAGAAGAGAAGCGGUUACGGCAUGAUGUGAUGGCUCAUGUGCACACAUUUGGCCACUGCUGUCCUAAAGCUUCAGGGAUCAUUCACCUUGGUGCCACCUCCUGCUAUGUUGGAGACAAUACUGACCUGAUUAUUCUUAGAAAUGCAUUUGAUCUGCUCUUGCCAAAGCUUGCCAGAGUGAUCUCUCGGCUUACUGAUUUUGCCAAGGAACAAGCUGAUCUUCCUACCUUAGGUUUUACACAUUUCCAACCUGCUCAGCUGACCACAGUUGGGAAGCGUUGCUGUCUUUGGAUUCAAGAUCUUUGCAUGGAUCUCCGGAACUUGAAGCGUGUCCGAGAUGACUUGCGCUUCCGAGGUGUGAAGGGCACCACUGGCACUCAGGCCAGCUUCCUGCAGCUCUUUGAAGGAGAUGACGAGAAGGUAGAGCAGCUUGACAAGAUGGUGACAGAAAAGGCAGGAUUUAAGAGAGCUUUCAUCAUCACAGGGCAGACUUAUACACGUAAAGUGGAUAUUGAGGUGUUGUCUGUGCUGGCUAGCCUGGGUGCGUCUGUGCACAAGAUUUGCACUGAUAUACGGCUCUUGGCCAACCUCAAGGAGAUGGAAGAACCCUUUGAAAAGCAACAGAUUGGCUCUAGUGCGAUGCCAUACAAGCGGAACCCGAUGCGUUCAGAGCGGUGCUGCAGCCUUGCCCGUCACCUCAUGACCCUUGUCAUGGACCCUCUACAGACAGCCUCUGUGCAGUGGUUUGAACGCACAUUGGAUGACAGUGCCAACCGACGAAUCUGUUUGGCUGAGGCAUUUCUCACUGCAGAUACUAUACUGAACACACUGCAGAACAUUUCUGAAGGACUGGUGGUGUACCCCAAAGUAAUUGAGCGGCGCAUUCGGCAAGAGCUGCCUUUCAUGGCCACAGAGAACAUCAUCAUGGCCAUGGUGAAAGCUGGCGGUAACCGCCAGGACUGCCAUGAGAAGAUCAGAGUGCUUUCCCAGCAGGCAGCUGCUGUGGUCAAGCAGGAAGGAGGUGAUAAUGACCUCAUAAAGCGCAUCCAGGCCGAUGCCUAUUUCAGUCCCAUUCACUCACAGUUGGACCAUCUACUGGAUCCUUCUUCUUUCACUGGCCGUUCCUCCCAGCAGGUACGGAGAUUUUUAGAAGAGGAGGUAUAUCCCCUGCUAAAACCAUAUGCAGAUGUAAUGAAGGUGAAAGCAGAAUUAUGUCUGUAGAGUUGCAAGAUGAUUAAAAAGGUUAUAAUUGAUUUUCUUAGCUUUGAUCGCCAAUUCAUGGAAAAUGUUACUGUAGUGCCUUGUUUUACCAUAAGAAGUGUUAACGUGUUGGUCUGGGAGGUGGUACAGUGGAUAAAGCAUUGGACUCUCAAGUAUAAGAUCUUAAGUCAGUCCCUGGCUGCACAUAAGCCAGGGUGGUAUCUAGUUCUUUCUUUUUUCCUCCUAUUUUUCUCAUGAAUAAGUAAAUAAAAAUCUUUUUUAAAAAAAUGCUAACCAUAAAUCUAUCACUUUUUUCUUUCCAUGGUACUUUCACAUUAUGUAAGGUUCAAAACACAGAUUUGAGUAAUAAAUUCAGCUCAUGGUUUGUGCUCUC